AUUACACAUCUGUCCAAAGUUAAUUUGGGAGAGUGACUUUGAAGCAGCAAACAACAGCACAUCUGUGGAUUAAUCACAUCUGACAAUGGUCUUCUAUUCAAACGUGGUUUCCUCAUCCACUUCAAACACCAGCAAUUAACUUCAAUAUCUAAGCAAACAACCAUAUCUGCAAACUCCUUUUACUUUGGCUUCUUCUUUUACUGGACCAAAAUCAGUGUUGUUUUGAUUUUAAAAAUAUAGCUACUUUGGCGUGAGGGUUUAAAUAUAGAACAACAGUAGAUAAGCAUAUACCAAUGAAGUCAUUGAUUAACUCUCAAAUCAAUCACAGCCUUUACAGAGAAGCAUGAUGUUCAUUGUGACUUUUGCAGUGACUCACGUUUUGAAACAAAUUCUUUCUGGUGCAAAGUUACAGACACUGAAAACUGCAUCAUCUCUAUGACUUUAUCUAUGUAAAGUGUUAUUGCUGUAGCAGUAACUUUUGAUAAAUCCUGAAUCCACUCCAAUUAUGAGGCAUGAAUAAUUAUGGGUUCAUAAAGAAAAUUCAAUUUUACCACAAAGAACCGCUGUGGUAUCUACAUUAGCAUGGUGACGACCAUAAGGGCCCGUUCUAUGUAAGGACACUGAGCUCUUUAUCUACAAGGCUGUGUAGUAAACACACAUAAAAGCACAAGGGGCUACUGUUAUACAACGAUUUGUAUUGCAUUCAUGACCUUUCUGAGACAUCAGAUGACAGUGUGGUUAGAUUUAAUCAUGGAUGUAUUAAUGGAUUGAACAGCAAAUCUUCCUCAUAUUCUUGUAUUUCACAAAAGCACCAUCAGUUAAUGUAGCUAAUCUAUGUUUGAAAAUUUUUACUGGCCAGUUGUUUGUGUUGCAUCGUCUCUUCAUAGCAAUGUAUGGACAUUUUCAUCAGACACCCUGCCACCUCCUCCUCCAUAUGUUGUAUGAAAAUGUGCUUUUAAGAAUAAAAGUAGUUAAGGGAUGCAUGCCUGCACAUGAGGCGUUUUGUUCUGAGGGUAGUGUUUUGUUUAUUUCUUAAAACAACAGAGAAGACGUGCUCAGCUUGGGUUAGUUGGAGGCCAACUAAACUAUUAUGUAAUACUCGAAACCUCACGUCACCGGGUUCCCCAUCGGUACAGUUGACAUGUCUACACUACUGUACUGCAGCGUACACUACACCAUUUGGCUUCUUGACUAACGCGGUGUCCUCAGCUAGCCACACAUUUGGCUGUGGUCACGUUUUUCAGCUGCUGGUUGCACCGACCUAUCACACGCCAAGGAAGCUACCAUGUGGGCAGACGGAGCAGGCUAAAAGCUGUGACGUGUCUGGUACACCAGACAUAGCCACGCCCCUAAACACCAAAUAUGGCAUACUGUCUGUGAGAAUAACAAUCCUUUUGCAUUUCUGGCACCCCAAGACAAUUAUCUGUCGGUGUGCAGAAGAAUUCGGGUCGCCGGUAGUUUAUUUUUGGUUAACGCUGGCAGAGGACAAUCAAACUGCAAUGACGUACGGCUGUCGCCACCGUGCUUCGCAUGUGACCGAGCAGACAGGGGAGGAGCGGUCUAUCGCGUGUACGGUACCGUGUAACACCGAAUUCUAGCUAACGUAGCAGGGCAGGGGCAGCGGCAGCCAGACCGAGCAAAGGAAGUCGUAUACACAAGCACUUACAACCCGGUUGCAAGCUCGUAUUCCUCAGUUUGGACUACAGUGUCGUUUGAACGGCGCCAAGGACAAAGUAUGCAUAUUCUGUUGUGAUUUCUUUAGCUACCUAUGGGUUUUAACCUUUGAUAUGCUGGUGUAGUUGUUCUGGGAGCUUGUUGGACCACCAAGGACAUUGUCAGUACAAAGGGAAAGCAAGGAGAUGAGCACCAAGAGGAAGGCAGAGAGUCAUUCAAGGGCAGCAAACAGGCCACUCAUCAUGAAGUGUGGAGACUCCCAGGUUGAUUCGGAGAGAGACUCUGGAUUCUCAGAUGCAGGCUCGGAGCACAUGAGUGCAAUGGACACCACAGACUCGGAGGAUUCACCUCACCCUGUUGCGCAGCAGGGGCCACAGACCUCUCAGCUGGCUGUUGUGGGAGGCUCUUACUCCAGCCUCUCUCCCAUGAUCAUCAUGAACAAUGUCCUCCUCAAACAGCCUGGAGACAGUCCUUCUGCUCUGAAACCCUGGAGGUUUAGUCCCACAGUGGAGGUGGUUCAGCCUGUGGUCCAGCAGCCUCAGGUGGUCUUCCUCCAGCCUAUGGUAUCUCGUCAAGCUUCCCCUGCCUCCAAAGAGGCCACCUCUAGACAUCGACGCUCUAAGAAGUAUCUCCCAAUCUUGAAAUCUUAUCCCAAGAUUGCUCCACAUCCUGGAGACAGCUCCAUUUCCUCAGGGAGAGGAACUGCUUCCUUAUCUUCCUCCACCACCACCUCUUCUUCAGGAUCAGACAGAGGUAGCAGUCUGACCUCCAGCUGCUCAGAACACUGUCAGAGAGAAAAGCAGCUGAAAAGUCUGUGUGAUAGUGUUAGUAACUCUCGCUCAAUCACUCCCAGUCUUCCGGUUACCCCCAGUGCCAUGUCUCCUCUCCCCACAGCAGCAGCCAGUACCAGCAGUAGUCCUGUCAGGGAAAGGCCCUCAUCAACUGUCAGCCCUGCAGAGUUUACCACCUCCCUAUCUUUCACUCACACCACUGGCUCCAAAAAUCAGACUCUCCCUGCUCCCCAGGUGGUCACACAGGAAAAUGUCUCAUCAAAAGAACAUGACCACAGUGACAGUGAUGCCGACACAAAGAGGAAGCGCUUCUGCAACACUUACAACAUCCUGAGUAAAUCUGGCCUGCUAGACAUCACACUCCGCACCAAGGAGCUCCUCAGGCAGAACCGACGCACCCAGAAUGACCUAGACCGGCUAAAAGAACAUACGGACCUCUUCCUUCAGGCUCUGCAGAGCGGUGACAUGUGCAUCUUUGUCAAGCUGCAGGCCAGACUUCUGGAGGAAGACAAAGAGAAAGAGAAGGAGAAAGCUGCUCAGACCAGCUUAAAGGCAGAUUAGACCUGGACUAGUCCUAGACAGUAAGGCCAGGAUUGAGGUUGGAGUAUACAGAGACAGAUGAACCGAAAAUAAUGUGCUCUACAAUACACACCCAGCCCCAGAUUCUGACAGACAGUGUGCUGUGGCCUACAUUUGGGCUGCCGCCUGCUUUAAAGCCCUGACACACCAGACCAGCCUCAGGCAGUUGAUACAGAUAGACAUUUCAUUGCCUCAUGUCUUUCACUUGAAUUCAUUGGAAGACUAUAGCUGUUGGCCAGCUUACCACCAGCUGCACAUAUGUUCUGCAUCUGAGUGAGAGGAAAUAUUUUAGUCAGCAGUCUAUUUGAAAUUCAGGAAACAUUAUGACAAGAGAAGCAAAGCGGUCUAUGCUGGGAUCUUUUGCCAGUUAGCUGAAAUGGGCUUAUUAUAUGAUCAGAAUACUGAUAUGCCAUCUUAAAACAGUACCUGUAAGCUUUGCUUUGUUGUACUCAAUUUAGUCAGUCUGUGGUGUUUUACUGGUGGAAAGAGGAAAGGUGGAGGUGAAAAUUUGCUUUACUAGGACAGCUCUCUAAUCACCUCCUUUGCUGUUUCAGCAAGUCUGUCGAGCCACAGAUAUGGGCCGAUUAGUUCCAUCAGUGGAGGACACUCUGCAAAAACUAUGGCUGACGGUCAGAGAGACACUCAGAGUGCUGCCCGGCUACCGGCUGCUGACUUGAUGUGUUAGGGAGCAAAUGUAAAACAAGGCCCGAACCCCAGUGCACUGACCCUGACAAGAUCUCUUUCGCUGAAACCGCCUCACUGCUGUACAAAAAUCUUUUGUGCUUUGGCAGUUAAGAUGAGAAAGAUCUGAGAUAAUUGGAUCUAAGGCAUGAGGGGAUGUACAAAUACUCAACUUUUUUUUUUUUUUUUUACCAAAUACACAAUACAAGUUAAGAAUCUGAACGCAUCAUUAAAGAUGGGAUAUUUCAAUGUUAAUGACAAGUGAUUCCACGUAAAGCUGAGAAACAUGAGUAUACCAGUCACUCUGACAACAAAAUGUCACCUUGCAUAAAGUCAGUCAGUGUUUCAACAUUUUUGCAUCAUCCAUGGCAGUUUAAGAUAUAUUCCACUAAUACUGUGUUGCUUAACAUACAUCUGGGUAACAGAUCCUGAUUAUGUACAUGUGUAAAUAGAUUGGAAAAAUAGAAAUUUGAUCACUUUCCAGUGAAAUCUACAGCACAAUAAAGUGUGCCAAAAGUAAAGGGUUCUGAAUACUGCAUGUAAAAGCUAAAAUCAUGACAGACUCAAGGAAAUGGGCUCAUGUCACACAGGGCCUCUUGACAGUCAGCAUCUUAGACAGAUAUGUCUGUUUUAAAAUUUGAUGAAAAAGAUUUGGCAUAGCCUGUUGAUGGUUUCACGUUGAGCGUUCCCAUCAUGUUGAUGGUAGCUGUAAUACCGUGGAAGUAAAGGUCUUAGCAGCCACAUUUAGAUGCUUCCCCAGUAACAUCACAGCAUAAAAGGAUGCUUCCUAUAAUACCCAAAAGUGAUUAUGUAUGAAUUUUCCUCCUCUGUUUUUACACACACACAAACGACUAUAUGUGGUAUGUGUGUAUGCACAGGGAUGUAAUUCAUUGUCGUAGUACUGUCUAACUUGAGGGCAGUCCUUUUCUGUUAUAAGUUCCUUUCUGUUUUGUGUGUAUAAAAUCAUGUGAACCUCUGAGCUGCUUAAGACAACCAUCAAUUCAGGUUUCUUCAUAACAGUAAUUGUGCAUCAACUUGAAAACAUCUGACAGUUGCAUCUAAGCUGGGGACAGCUUUUGUGAUGCUUUACCUUUUUGUAAGUUUAUAAAUAACGGCCUUAAUAUCAAAACCCAGUGUAUGUUAUAGAGUUUUGCAUUUGCACUAAAUUAAUUGUAAGAGUAGCUCUGAAGCAGUUUCUGGGCACAAUUAAAUGGCAGCUAUGGAAGCUCAUUUGAGGCAGAAUACACAAAUCAUUUUUGUUUUUCAUAUGCAAUACCACCAGUGUAUAAAUACUGUUCCUGUUGUAUAGCCUAUGCAUAACAUUUACAGUGUUAGAUUUAAUUAUUACUCUCGGUAAGAAGUAAACAUGUUUUUGCAUAUUCUGUGUAAAGCGCCAUUUCCAAAAAGUUGGGAUGCAGUUGUCAAAAAAAGAAAAUUCAGUGCCAGCCUAUGAAAAACUACCUUUAAUUGAAAGCUGUACAAAGAAAACCUAUCAACUGUUCAAACUGUUUUUUGCUUUUUCUUUUUUUUU